GGGGUAAAAAACAAGCAGAGGGUUGGGUGUACGCAUACCAGUUGUGCCAUCUGUGAAAAUAGUUCAUACGGGCGAGAAGAACAGGAAAAGCCAAGCCACGACUAUUGUUUUAGCCUCAGGGGCACAGGUAAAGGGGAACCAGAGUUUGAAGAUAGGAAAAAUACAGGAAACUGUAACCUGAACUGUGUGUUUUAUUGCCGGAGUUUAACGGUUGAAUCGCCUUAGUUUAUGCGUAAACCUCAACAUACCCUCGUGUGAGGGGUUAGAAUGGAAACAACCCUCUACCCUUGUAAUGUGUUGAAUACUCGAGGGAUUUCAAGCCUCUAUUCCUACAACAGCAUGAUGAAGAAAGAAAUUAGUCUAAACCUGGAUGACCAAAGCUCGAUUCUAAAACCGAAUCUCCGGGACGCAGAGGGAAUUCUGAACUCCCCAGACUUGGGACUCUUGAAAUUGGCGACUCCGGACCUUGAACGAUUGAUUAUCCAAUCGAAUGGAAUGGUUACCACGAUCCCAACCUCUCAGUUCCUCUACCCAAAGUCAGCCAGUGACGAACAGGAAUUUGCCGAAGGCUUCGUGAAGGCGCUUGAGGAUCUUCACAAGCAGAACCAGCUGAGCGAGGGGACGUGCAUACCGCCGGACAGACUGGACCUUAUCGGCUCCAACGCAGCCCCAAUCGGCUUGCCGUCAGAUCUGCCAGUGUACACGACGUUGAACGGCUAUGGAAAUAGCCCACUGGGCAGCACAGUGAAUUAUUCCACGGAUACAAUUCCAUUCCCACCACCACCUUCUCAUCUGAUGAGCGCGCAUCAACAGGCGGCUGCGGCGGCGCUGUCACGACUCCAGGCGUUGAAGGACGAGCCGCAGACGGUUCCCGACAUGCAGUGCUUUGGAGACAGCCCGCCUUUGUCUCCUAUUGACAUGGACAACCAGGAGCGCAUCAAAGCAGAGAGGAAAAAGCUGCGCAACAGAAUAGCGGCGUCCAAGUGCCGCAAAAGAAAGCUGGAGAGAAUAUCCCGUCUUGAAGACAAGGUCAAAAACCUUAAGACACAGAACACUGAACUGGCCUCCACAGCCAGUGUGCUUAGAGAGCAAGUGGCCCAGUUGAAACAAAAGGUUAUGAACCAUGUCAGUAAUGGAUGUCAACUUCUCCCAAACCAAGAUCAAGCUUACUAGAGGAUAGUGUAGGCCUAUGAGGCACCCACCACCAUGGGGUUCGUUAUCCUCUGGGGAUAUGGACUAACUGAAACUCAGUAGGCUAUUUGCCUGUUCUAAUAGAAUACAAACUCAUUGUUGAAAAUCCAUUAGAACUGGAACUCUAUGGGUCUCUUUUAAAAAUGUGGCUAUAAUUUUAUUAACAGACUAAUUUCGCUGCCCUCUUCAGAGGAAAAUGCACUAUCAGCUCUCCAAUGGACAAUAAUACAUAGCCAACAAGGAUAGCAUUAUCUGCAUGAAAACUGGACAAUCUCAAUGAGUGCACCUAAACACCAGGAUGUCAUUGAGUGCAUGUCAUCCACUGUGUAAUAUAUAAUGCCUUACUUGUUUACAAGCACUUAUUUACCAAUGACAAAUGUAUAUUUUAUUUACUAAAACAUGUCUUAUUUUGCAUACUGUCUUUAUAUUUUCUGCAAAUAUGAAUUGUGCAUGUCUUGAAAGCUCGUGUUGGCUACAGUAAUUUAAUGUUGUGCAACUCUGUGUAUCUGUCACUAUCCAUGAAUGUAGCCUUCGUUGUUGGCCCUAUGUAGCCAUUUUGAAUGGGAUUUUACCUCUCAAAGUUGUUUUAUUAAAUUCUAUGAAUUGUUUAUUCUGUUGUCAAAUAUUUUUGUGGACCGACUGUACUUUAUUUCAGUUCCUGUCCUAUUACACAUUGUGCCAGCUAUUUAUUAUAGCCUCUACCAGCGAUGGAUUAGUGUAGAAUAGGUGCAUAUUAUUGUUUUUUCUCUAUCCUGUUGUAUUACAGGCUUUGUUACAUUGAAAUAAAAAGGGGUAAAAAAUGCUUGAA